AUGUGGUUGUUUCUGUUGUUCUUGUGCGUGCUAAGUGUUGGCCACUGUCAGAAUUGUAGAGGGGAAGAGAGAGUUAGGGAGUGUGAGAAUGUGUGUGACCAGGAUGGCAUAUGCAAGGUCAGAGCCGCGCUGCUGCUGCCGAAGAAUACGGAGUACGUCGCGAAUUUACUUAUUGUGGAGACAGUCAUAGAACUGGCAAUGCAGCAUGAAGCGGUUCAACAGGCCUUCCCCACCGGCCUUAUAUUCGAAUGGACGACCUACGAUGUUACAGACUGCGAUGCGGCUUACGCAGUCAUAUCGGCCAUAGAUGCUUACAACGAUUGUGCUCAUGUAUUCUUUGGACCUGCAUGUGAUUUUGCACUAGCGGCCGUAGGAAGAAUUGCCAAAUUCCUUGGCAGUACUGGCACGCCAAUCAUUACUACCGGCGGUUAUUCAUUCGAUUUCGUGAAGCCGAAACAAACAUGUCUCGAUGAGUUCUACAUGACUGUCCGGAGUGGUCCUCUCGGGUUCAAAGACGUGGCAUACUUCUUAAUAGACAUUAUGAGACAUUACAACUGGCGGCAACUGCUGCUCAUUACGGAGCCGGAGGCGCAAGUUCACAUCGCCGGCAAGUCGACUUGCCAUCUGAUGAUGAAGACAUUCGCCAACUAUUUGAAGAAAGAAAACAUUACCUACAUCCCAUGGGACACAACUUCCGACGGCGGAAAAAACAACACAGAAAACUUGAAGAUAUAUCUCAAUUACAGGUAUACAAUUUUGCUUUUCGACACCCCCGCCUACGACGAAUACCUCGGUGGUAGCGGAGGAUUUUUAUUAGCAAGCACUAUACAUACAUAUUUGAUCAUCGAAGGUUUUACUGUGGUCGCCAAGGAAUUACUUGCAAGCGAGAGUCAUGAAGACAUGCUAUUAGUAGAUGUAGGGAACGCAUAUGCAAGUGAGUUUGGUUUGAGAAGUGUGUACCGUUGUUUUGGUUUUCAAUGA